AUGGGUGAAUACGAUCUUUAUCAAAGACAGCAGGCUUGGUUUGAUGCUCUCGAGUUUUCAAUGUCAGGCACAAGAAUGCCUUGCCACAAAGCUCAGAUCAGGAGGAUACUCGACCUGGGGUUUCAAGUCUCCAUAAUGCAAGGAGUCGGUAGGAGGAUGGUUGCGAUGGCAAAGGUGGAGCUGCAGCAUGCGAGUCGUCAUUAUGAUCUUUGGAAAGAGCUCUUUGAUAUCAUCACCCAACGAAAAAGGCAGCUGGCUGCUACAAGAAUACAAGCUUUCCGCCGCGGCAUUCUGACAAGGAGACUCUUGAACAAGCUUCGGUCUGGGUCGAGCCGUCACACUAAUCUAAAAGCCUAUUCAAGGUCGAGCACGAGCAAGAAGUUCUCCAAAAGCUUCGUUGGUAGCAAGGGACAGAGCCUGGCAGACUUACCCAACAGCCGGCGGAGAAAGUCGUCAUCUCAGACUGCAGUCAGCGGCAACAUCUUGGGCCAAGAAGCCAAGGGACUGAGGAAGAGGUUGAUACACGAAUACGUUCCUAUCUACUCUCUGCAGAUGUCUCAGCCUCAACACCAAGAGGAUGAUGAAGUUGAAGAUGUACUCCAAAGGACUACUCAAUCAGCCGAGCCCAGGAAGUGGAGCUCAACUGCAGUGACAUUGAUCAGGUGA